GCCGCUUCUCCAAAAUUCAAAAAAUUCUCUUCCUCUAAUACAAUACAACCAACCAAGGUUAGAAUAUUGGCUGAGUUUAAUUCGGCGACUCAGUUCCAUUUUCAAACGAUCUCCUGAAAUCGAUCCAUUGGGGUCAAAAUCAAAUCAAUAUUGAUUUUGAUCUUUUACUGAUCUCUGCAAUGGAUGAGGCCGAGAAACAGAGCGGUCUCGAAAUUCGACAGCUUAGACCGCUCAGUCUCAUCGACGUAUCGUCUGAAGACGAUUGCCUGAUCGAUUCGGCUUUCUUUAGCCCUCCACAUCAUCCAUUUUCAGAGAGUCAGGUCCAUAAAAGUGUGAAGUUCUUGGAGCCUUUUGAAGCUUUGGAAACCACAUUUAACUCCCCUGAAGUGAGGGAAGAAGAAUCUCAGCCUAUUGAAUCAUUGGAAUCAGGAGAGACAAGAGGUGGAAAAUAUAAUUUGCGCAAAAGUUUAGCAUGGGAUACUGCUUUCUUCACCAGUGAAGGAGUUUUGGAUUCUGAGGAGCUCUCCAGUAUGAUUGGAGGCACAGAGAAAAGUGAGAAACGUGUAUUGCCUGGAAUUCAAGAAGACAUCCAAAGAUCUACAGAUUCACUAUCUACAUUAGGAGGUGAGACUUUGACAAUACAAAGUUCCGAAGCUGAUUUGUUUAAAGAUAUAAGAGCUUCAAUCCAGAAAUCUAGCCGAGUGUCCAAUGUGGCAAAUUCAAAUAAUGAGAAGAAAUUAGGGGUAACAGAUUCCCAGACUAUACAGUCUUCAAAGAAUGCAGAUCUUGCACCUCAAGAUAAGAUGAAGCCCAAAAUUGCUUGCAGAAAGCCUAGUGCUGGCACUCGAGGACCUGGAAAAGCAGCAAAGAAGACCAGUGUUCAUCCACAAUCCUCACAGUCUGUUGUUGCAAAUGGAGAGUUGACUUCAUCUCCUGGUAAACCACCCAAGGCACAUGGUAGAAUUAACCUCAUCCCAGAGCCAACUAUAUCGACCAAGAGGGCUUCCAUGGGUGCUAACCAUGAGAAAUUGGAAAAACAUAAUCAAAAAAGCGCAUCCGGUAAAGGAGUUCCAACAUCAAAAAUACCUUCUUCUGGUUUACGGAAUGUUUUUCCCGGGCCUACACUACCCUCUAGACCUUCUUUGCAUUCUUCAGCUGCAACCAAAACAGAGCUUACAACUUCUUGUUCCUCAAUUGGUAGUUCUGGCAGUGCUUCAUCUGACAGCAUUGGUAAAAUUUCUGUAAAUUCCAUGAAAAGGAAAAUUAAUUCUGGAGUUGGUAAUGCUUCUUCCACUGGUCCAACUGUCAAGUCCAUCUCAAGAACUGCACUAAAGGGUAAAAUUCAGUCAGGAAGUUCGCAUCUUACGGCUCAUCUGAGCUCGGUCACCAAGCACUCUACUAGCAUAUCACCAGCUAGCUCUAUCAGUGAAUGGUCCUCAGAGUCAAUUGCAUCAACUUCUACUGCUAACCAAAGAUGUAGUAGUAUAAGGGCUAGCGUAGACUCUUCUUCUUCCAAAUCAGUCUCAGUAGACAAUGAUGCCUUGCAAGGUGAAUGUUUGAAGGGAGCUUCAAUGAAAACUGGUUCAAUUUCUUGUCCAUCUUCAAAACCCUCUGGCCUUCGACUGCCAUCACCAAAAAUUGGCUUUUUUGAUGGGGUCAGAUCAACUGGGCGGACUCCCAAACGAAGUCCUGGUGUAUCCCGUGCCUUGCCUAAAACUGGGGCUGGAAGCACUAGCCCAAGUGGAGGCUCAAACAAGUCAAGACUUGGAAAGACUCAACCGGCUAGAACUGCAUUGCCAGUUAGGAAUAUCAAACCUCAUGCUCAGCAAACUGCCAUGAUGGCAAAACCUGUAUCUCCUUUACCUCAUCAAGAAUCCAUAACUGUCACAAAGGUCUCUAGCGCUUCCAAAAAUGUAAAAAGCCCUCUCGGAUCUUCAAGAUAUCAGAGUAGAAUGUCUCCUAAAACUGGAGGGGAAAGUGUUCAGAAGGCUGAGAAAGUUGGCUCUAAAGGACAUCACAUAAGCACUCAAAACUCCAGUUUGGCAGUAAAGAAAGGCAAUUCAAGUGUCCUGAAACAAAACAUGAGCCCCAAUAGCAACAGUAGAGCCAAUAAACCAGAUUCCAAGUUCACUACUGUAAAGGAAGGACUCCAGGGUUCUCGCAAAUUAAGUUCCACUUCUGAUGCUGAAAAUAUCAAUCCGUCUCAACAAGUGGGUGAAGGAGCAAAAUUUGGCGAAAAAUUCCUCAACAAUGAUUCAGGUUUGCUUCAUAAUUCAAAUGAGAAGGACAAAGUUCAUCUUGAAGAUCAAGUGAAUGAUCUGACCAAACAAGUUGGAGCUAUGGAUAUAAAUUUGGACAAAGGGAAGAAAGUGGUCUCAUUUUCCCCAGAGAGCAUUCUGGCAGAAAAGAACUAAGCUGGUGCAAUAAUUUACCAGCAGCCGCAUUUUUAUACAGGAAUCUUGUAAAAUCUCAGGUCUAUACGGAGAAAUUUCUUUAUUGGAAUUGAGCGGAAAGGGAACCAUUUGAUACAAGAGUAUGCAUGAAAUCAAGAGUGGAAAUCAUUUUGGUGGUUUGCAUUUUAUGUAUAUCUUAUACAUAAAAUUCGUGAAAGGUAAUUUAUUUUAUUUUAUUUUUCUGAGAAAUCCACUGAAGUCCGGAGUACAGUACUAUUAAACAUUGUGUCUGUAACGUGUUCCUUUUACCAAUACCGCUUUCUGUAUGAAGUUUAAGCAUACUUGCAUUUUCUUAUAAUGAAUCUCAGGAGGCCAUUUUGUCCA